AUGGGUAUUCGAGGCCACCCCAUCCUUCGAGCCUUCAAUGGCCGGCUCGCGUUUGUCACCCUCAUAUUGUUUUCAUCGUCCAUCAACUAUGGCCUGGACAUCAUCGCAUUCAGCAGCACUCAAGCGCUGGACGCGUUUGAGGAAAAGUUUGGUGUGUUCGACCCGAAGAAGAAAACCUGGAUCAUCGAGCCUUAUUUUUUGUCCCUGCUGAACAGUCUGACCUACGUCGGUCAGCUGGCGGGAGUGUUGCUGGGUGGUUAUGUCAACAACCGAUGGGGUCGACGCAUGUCGUUUCGCAUCAUGACCCUCUGGGCGUGGCUCGGUGCCAUCCUUCUCGUCACGGCGCAGGUUAAGGAGCAGAUGCUGGCUGGUCGAAUCAUCAACUAUGUGUACCAGGGGAUGGAGAUUGUGUCAAUUCCCGUCAUGCAGGCAGAGAUCUGCCCGGCCCAGCUGCGCGGUGCGGUCGUGAGUUCGUACUGGAUCGGCAUCUUGAUUGGAUCUUUGAUCAUGUCCUUAGUCGUUUACGGCACCAAGCACAUCGAAGGAGAAGCGUCCUUUCGCAUUCCCUUCGGCAUCUUCUUCAUAGUCCCCACCUUGGUUUUUGUUUCUACUAGGUGGAUGACCGAGUCUCCGCGCUGGCUCCUAACUCAAGACCGACCUGAAGAGGCUCUCAUAUCACUCAGGAAAUAUCGUCAAGGCAAUUUCACCGAGGACGAGAUUAUGGAGGAGUAUGCCGAGCAGGUUGCCCUCAUCAGUACCACGAAAGCACGGGGCACACUGAAAGAGCUAUUCCAGGGGCCAAACCGAAGGCGGACCAUCAUCGCUGUCCUCUUCAACAUUAUCCUGCAGAUUACCGGGAACGCGUUCGUGAUCAAGUAUGGCACCAUCUUCCUCAAGGACAUCAAGGCGGUGGAUCCGUUCGCUCUCAACAAUAUCAACUCGUCACUCUAUAUUGUCGCGACGGGCUUGUGCAUGUAUCUCUGCGAGCACAAGCUGUUUGGCCGCAAGCGUCUUUUAUUGAUCAGCUCAGUUGUUCAAGCUGGCGCUUUAUUGGCGCUGGCGGGCAUCGGCACCCACAGGGUCAUGUCCCACACCGACGGCGUGGCCAUUUCGUCGCUGUUAACCAUCUCUUACUUUGCGUUCUGCUUUGGGUGGGGUCCACUCAGCCAUGCGGUGACCGCCGAAAUUCCUUCUCCCCAUCUUCGAAAUUAUACCUACGCCCUGUCCAGCUCUGGCAAUGUCCUGAUAUCGUUUCUCGUCGCGUUCACGGUGCCCUAUCUUUACUACGAGCCCUAUGCAGCGUUGGGCCCGAAAAUCGGUUUUAUUUACGGCGGCGGAGCGGUCAUCAGCUUUGCCUUUGUCUGGUUCUGCAUCCCCGAGUGCCGCGGCCUUACCUUGGAAGAAGUCGACCAUCUUUUCAAGCAAGCCACACCCAUCCGGGAGUUCUCAAAGCACAAGACUGGCGCCGUCUUGCCAGUUAAUGUCAAGCAGACCCUGGAGGAAAAGGUCCUGGUGCCGGCAAUCCACAACGAGACGACGUUAGCGGUGUAG